CCUGCAGCAGCCAGACUGACGGACUUGUAGAUGUUAGUACAUUUCCUAGAUCGUUAUCUGAAUUCCCCUCAACGUCCCAAAUCAUCCGUCAUUCCCUCAUCCAGUUGAUCCAAAUUCUCUGCGCCCGAGUGACUGCACUUUUCAGGUCAUGCUCAGGCUACAAGGAGCACCGUAUAUCACCCUGUUUCCCCCUCGUCCGUGUCUGCUGAUUGGGUGCCAUCUUAGUGAGCUCGUGCGGCUCUCUGGUGGGCUACAGGAGGCGAGGCUGGACUGGAGUGAAUUGAUUCACGGGGAUUAGGGAUUACGGCUUCCCCCCCGACCGCUUUGGUGGAGUAAAUCUGGGGAUUAUGAUGUCAACGGCCUGUGGCUGCAGGAGAGGAAAUUGAAUUGUGAGAGACAGGACCGCUGAUGGGCCUGGGAUUACAGCACAGUCAGUGAGAAAUCAGAGAUGGGACUCCGUGUCUGUGCCUUUCUCCUGAUUUAGAAAAAAAAAUCCACAGGAUACCAUUUAGUAGAUUUGGGAUGCAGAUAUCCCUUCGGUAGUAGAGCUCACUCUUUGUAAAUGGGCAGGAUGUCGCCUGAGCCAUAAGAAGAUUUCUGUUUUUACUGGUAAUCCAUUCCUCCCAGCUCUGUGUGUGAAGCAUCAGGUGCCGGCUCCUGCUGAGGCUGUUCCUGCUGCUCCCACCGUCAAAUUCGAAGGAAUCACAAAAAACAACAAGAUGAAGGUGAAAUGGAGCCAGCUGGGGUUUGUGUUCUUCCUGGUUCUCUCUCUGGUGAUGACAGGAUGCUUCAUCUGGCAAUAUCAGCUCCCAAAACUUCCGGCAGAAGAGGACGGUCGCAACGCCAAUGCAGAGAUGAUGUGUCCCCGUUUCCCCGAGCCGCUGCCGCUGGAGCAUCCCAUCCCGAGCCUGAAAGAGGCCCUGGAAAAGGUGGAUGUUUUACUCCGACAGAACAUAAACCCCAUCAGCCUUCCCUCUCUGUCAGCCAUCGUGAUCCUAAACGACACCGUUUUGUGGACCGGAAACUUUGGGAAGAGGAACAUCAGUGACCCGCUUUCAGGAGCCCCAAACGAGUACACAAUCUACAGGAUUGCCAGCCUGUCCAAAAUCUUCCCAACGCUGAUGCUCUACAAACUCUGGGAGGACGGAAAGAUCGGCUCGCUCGACGACCCUCUGGAGAAAUAUGUGGAGAACUUCACCAUCAAAAACCCUCUGGGGAAGACGAGGGACUCGGAGCUGAAAUAUGUGACAGAUGGUCUGAUAUUUCUGGACAGCGGGGAGGUUCAGAUCCGCUCCUCGUCAGUCACCCUGCGCAGGAUGGCCAGCCAGCUCUCAGGUUUACCAAGAAGACUGAGGGCCACAAAUCUGCUGUGGAAAGGAAAAACACAAACUGCAAUCAACCUGCUGCAAGAUGAUGUCCUCGUCGCUGACCCGGGCACCAAAUGCCACUACAGUAACCUGGCGUUCUCUCUGCUGGCUCAUGUGAUGGCCGAGCGAGUGGCCUCCAUGGACUAUCAGCGAUGGAUCACAGACAACAUCCUGGACCGACUGGGGAUGGAGGACACCAGCUUUGACAUCACACCGGGGCUUCAGGCCCAGAUGGCCGUGGGAGUUUACUCCAAUGGGAAACCAGCUCCUCUGUACGACCUGGGCUGGUACCGACCUUCGGGUCAGAUGUUCUCCACAGCUGCAGACCUCGCCAAGCUCGCCAUGAUGCUUCUGAGCGCCUACCAUCGCAAGCUGCUGGAACCAGACUCUCUCAAGAUAAUGCUUACACCAGUCUUCAAGUGUGAUAAGGACUAUUUUGCUAACCGCACUGGGACGCCGUGGGAGGUUAACGAGCUGUUAGGGUACGAAAUGGUGCGUAAAGACGGCGAUCUAGAUGGCUACUCCGCUACAUUCUCCCUGGUGCCCAGACUGAAGCUCGGUUUGGUGGUGCUAAUGGCCGGCAGCCGGACCCAGAACCAAGAUUUGGUCGCAAAGGCCUACAGCUACAUCAUCCCUGCCGUAGAGAAAGCCUUCAGGGAGGCCAGGAAGGUCGUCUUUCCCCCGCCAAACCCUGAACCUUACAUCGGCAUUUACACCUACAGCAACAUCACCUUCUAUGAGAUCAAAGCCGGGCAGGACGGGGUUCUUAUCAUGCAGCAGUUCGGACCUCAGAUUGAAGAGCUCAUCCCAGAGAAGUUCAGGACAAUAAAGCUCAACUACCUGGUAGAUCGGGUGUUCAGAGUGGUUUUUGAAAAGGAGUACCCGUGUGUUUUGAGAGUCGGCACCGCCUCUGUGUCUCUGGAGGCACAGGACGGACAGUUAUUCAACUUCUACACAUUUGACAAGCGAGGACGGUCCACUGGUUUCGAUGCACCGGGACUGAACACGUAUAAUGUUGUCAGAAUAGCCCGCAAGCCAACUUUCUCCAGCUGAUCUGUAGCUGUGCAGAAGCCUAAAGACAAAUGGUGUCUCCUUGGGGUGUCAGAGAAUCUGUAAUCAAACAGAGGCCUGUGGGUGUUGAGUGACUAAAUUGAAAAGUUGGUUUAAUUAAGUUGUCAAAAUUUGAUUGUGCUCUGGAUUUAAAGAGAACAAAAAAGGAUUUGUCAUUCACAGAAAUGAUUUAAUGUCUUAUGGCGGUCUUUGUCACUCUCCGCUCCUUCAUCUCGCCUCCUAACUGAACGCUCACAUUAUGGUGAUACAGUGCUUGUGUUUUUCCCCGCCUUCUUUUCAACCACUCUCACAUUGUCUUGGUCUCCUC